AUGGAACUAAAGCUUUUGUGUGUCGUAAACCUGCUGCUGCUGUGUCUCGCGCCUCAGUUCGCGAGGUCGGAAGCCGGUCGUGAGGAGCCGGCCGCGGUCAUCGACGAGUACGAAGCCGUUGUCACCGUCGCCGAGGACGAGCCCUCGAGGGCGGACGAAGUAGACAAUGAAGCGCUUACUUUCGACGCUGGCGAGUACAUGAGGGACCUCCGCGACGCCGCGGCAGGCAAGGCCGCCAUGGACCCCGAAAAGGUGUACACCGCGCAGGCGAUGCUGCCGCUCGGCGAGGUGCUGGUUCUGACCACCGCAAGCGGCUGCUCAGUUCUCAGCGACCCCGAAGGGGAGAUCACCGGCAGGGAAGAACCGCUUGAGUUCUCCUUCCGUCUGGCUGACCUCGAGGACUGCGGCAAGGUCUCCGAGAGCAUCAUCAGCGGCCUCCAGGCCGAGGUCGCUGCUGAGUGGUCGAGCCUCUCGGGCAACUCCGCUGACUCAGGCAUCGCUUCUACCACCUCACUGCAAGACAUCGCCGUGAGGCAGGGCGGCAAGCGCUCGGAGAACCCCUCCAGCUUCGGCAUUGGGGUACAGGACCUCGCCAACGCAUACGUCGCGGCAAACCUGGCGAUCAACCUCAUUCCCACCACCUCCGAAGGGAUCGUGGUGAUGCACUACGACCUCACCAACACCACCACCGCGGAGGAGAUCACCAAGGCGAUGUCCAGCGUGGACCCCGAGAAGCUCAAGCAGCUGGAGGACGCGUUCGAGAUGGCGAAGAACACCUUCAACAACGCCACCACCGAGGAUUUGGAGAGAAUGGAGGAGGAGCUUAAAGCGUUCUUUGAAAAGGAGAACGAAAAGCUCCAGAAGGACCUGGAGGACGGGAAGCACAUGCUCGAGGAGCUCAGCAGCGACAGAGUCGCCGAGAUCGAGUGCUCUGCGUUGGCCCUGGACGACUGCAAGGCCGUGUCUAAGUGCGGUGUGGUGAUGAUAAACGGCAAGGAAUCGUGCGCCGUGGCCCCGAAAACCGUGUACCUGCUUAUGGAGACCGGCUGCAGCCUGCAGUCCAAGGCCGGACUCAUGUCCAUCGCCCGCGACCUCGUCAGCUCCGGCAUCAUGUCCGAGGCCAACCACCAAACCCUCAGGGAGAGCUUCGACCUGUCACGCAUCUGCAACGCUAUAGUCCACACAUACAUGUCUGCCGACAUCGUCGAAACUGAGUCGCACGAGACCAAAGAAGCCUUUGACCUCUAA